AUGUCAGAGGCCAGUGUUGGCUUUUGUAAUGGGGAUGAUUCUUCUAUAUUAAAAGCAUAUGAGAUGUGCAAUUCUGACAAGAGUGCACUACCGAAUACACAUAGCACUCUCACAGCAACUUUAGUUCUACAAUCCGGCUCUGCAAGCAUAGUACAAAUUGCCCCGGUAGCAACGACAAGUGCUAGUGGUUCAACGGCCACAACUCUAAGGACAAGUGCAUCACCAACUACUCCAAGUUCAACUACGGAUGGGAAAUCAUCGACGGCAGUGCCACAGCCAGCAGCUGCCACGAGUGUCACUCCAUCACAACAGAAGAGCAAACCAGUUUUGUCAACCGGCCAAAUAGCUGGGAUUGUGGUAGCAGGAGUUGGUGGGGUGAUCUUGGCAGUUGUAGUUAUAUUGUUGUUUGCCUGUGUGAGGCGGAAAAGGCAGGCAAAUCGUGAUAGUGGAUACCUCCCAUUUCAACAAGAGCCUACAAUGAGCAUUAAAUCUCAAUCACACUUCGGAAUAACGAAACCAAUAGCACCAUCGCCGGCUUCCGUUUCGACCCGAGGACCAACACCAAUAGGGCCGUUUUUGGGGGCUCGAAUGCAUCCAAGAGGGGGCCAACCGAGCCCCGAUCCUUUCUCCCAAAGGAAUGCUAUCCCGGAAAACAUUGGCCUCGCCAUGACCUCCGAAAGCCCCCAAAACAAUUCUUUAGCUCCUAUGGGUUAUACUGAAGAAGUGUUCCAACGUGGACCUUCUCCACUUUUACCCGAAAGACCGACCCUCACCCUGCAAGUUCCUAUCCAGCAAAAUUCCAACAAUAUCCACACUGCUCCCUAUCAACAAUCAUCAACCUUCGCCGGUAACAAUCGGCAAUCUGCGGCUACGCAAUUCGAGGAUGAAGAUACAUGCAGCACCGCUGUAGCAUCUGAAGCACCGUGGAAUGCUGCCUCCUAUGGCUUCAUGUCUAAAGAAGCGGUUCCCCGGCAGCCUGACCCUGCACACUAUAGGUCACCUCGCCUCCAAGGCGAACUUUCGCCAAAUGAAACCGAAAGUAUCAUCAAUUCCUACAAGGAUCCUUUGGUAGAACCUGAUUUCUACGUACCUCCCCUUAAUCUCCAAAGGAACUUCUCACAACCUCGCCGGCCUGAAAAUACAAUGAAACCUGUCAGCCGCAAUCCAUCUGUCAAGGAUCCUCUCACAGCAACAUCGUCUGUGUACUCGGCAAGAUCCCAAAUUUGUCAGCCCUCGUCAAAUGAAGUUGACAAGCUAAACUCUCUCGUGCAAUCUAAUCCCUCAUUUCGCCGCGUCCUUCGGAAAUCCGCGCACAAUCCCGCCGGACCACACGAUCAAAACCGCACCUCCAGAACAUCUAUUGGUUCGAUGACAUCAUUCGAAACCAUAGAUUCUAUCAAUCCUGAGCUCCAAGAACUCUCUGGCGACAAUAACCUUAGUCCUGUCGUCGAAUCUCCAUCGGGCAGCCUAAGCGCUACUGGUAAAUCUCCCGUUAAAUACCCUAAAAUCAAAGGCAACCUGAGCCAACGACAUUCACGCAACCGCUCCCGCACCCGCACGUCAAUAAUAACCAAUUUUCCCGCUCCACCGCCCAUCUCCAUCGAGUCACCCGUCUGUCCCCCGACGACGUACAGUAAUAAGCCGUGGCAAGAAGCCGAGAUCGCCGCCCAGAAAUUACGAAUGACAUCUCUUGGCUUAUCACCUGGUAACCAUCUCGCCCCCGGCUCUCACAACUCAUCUAUCACAAUUCGCAAAAGCAAUGAUUUCUUCAGCCCCACUAUUUUAACUUCAAGGAGUCCUCCGCCCCCGAUCCCAUUACCCUUACCACCAAAUACUCGACAGAGAGAUAUAAGUCCUGGAAAUAUGAGUGGAGGUAGCGGUAAAAGAAACGCACCGCCUCCCCCAUUGAACCUUGCUGCUACUUCAAAUUCAAAUACCAAUCGAUCACAAAGUAAAUGGAGAGUUCUUCCUGACAACAACGACGAUACCAGCACGAACAGCAACACCAUCACUCCUCCACAACAAACCUCACCCACCAUCCCAUCCCCUCAUUGGCGUCCACAAAUCCUCACAGGCAUCUUGCGAAAAGACAGCGUUCAAUCAUUACACAACAAAAACACCAUCAACCUCGACAACCAAACCGAGAACCAACUUCAAUCCCAACCCAUACUCCCAAACCCAUCCAUUCAAGAACCCGAAGUAUCCUCCAUCUACAGUCAAGAAACCCGUAAUUUCACCUACGAUCCACGUCUUACACAAAUGACCACAAUAUCCAACAUCAAAGCCCAAGGUCAAGAUCAAGAUCAAGCUGCUAAUCCCCAUGCUAUAUCCAACAUCAACUCGGAUUUCAACUUCAACCAAGAUCCCAACACCAAUACCCAUACAAACACAAACGUAAAUGGCAGAUCAAUCACAAACUUCAGAAACGAUGGAUCCAAUCAAGCAAUCACUAUAAAUACCAACGCAGACAAUCCAGGUCUACCCAAGACACCUGGCUGGGUACCAAAGUUAACACCCACGAGGAGGGGAAAUGAUUUAUUUCUCAGUGUACAAUAA